CACCGACAUUUGGAACGUGGACCGUCGUCUGCUCUCACUCGCCCACGCCCCGGAUCCGCCUGCUGCAAGCCAUCGCCCAACGCCGCCCCUCCACCUGCUACCAGAGCCCGUUGCUGUGCGCUCUCUUGCGCUAGGUCGCCCCAAGACUUGCUGCCCCUGUUGGCUGUCCGCUGCCUCUCCGCCGCGCCCGACGACUGUCCGCAUCCUGGCCAACCCGUCCAGCGCCCGCCCGGCAAUAUCUGCCACACAUCCCGCCACGAGGUGCCCUUCACACUGUCGAAUCAAUGUCGAGCCCAUGUCACCCCAGCCGGACCUCCAAGGAAAUGCCUCACCCCCCGCCUCGGUGAGGUCCACCGCCAGUCAAGACCAUGCCUUGGUCCCGAAGAGCCUCUCCCAGACGGGCCGCUCGCGUACCGCCCCUCUGGCUCACGACUCCUCCCUCUGGAAGUCGUCAAUUGACCGUCCCCAGCUCGAUGAGCGCGACAGCAUCUUCGCUACCACCUACCUGGCCUCGGAAAGCCCCAUCUCCUCUCCCCGCGCCACCGCUCGUCAAGUAGACUGGUCCAACGAUGCUCCCGAGCACAGCCUGUCAGACAUGGCCGCCCCAGCUCCUCCUCAAAGGCGACUAAUAGACCCUCCCAUCAUACGCAGAAAGCACUCAACCAUCCCGCCCAUCAGCUCAAUUGACCACCACGCCCUCCUCAACACCCCCUUCAAUUCCCGCACAACCAUGGCCACCGCCAUGUGCCUCGAGACUCCCCAUCACAGUCCUCCGCCUUACAUGAGUCCCGUCGAGUCCCCCGUCCACCGCCCAGUUACGCCACACCGCCCAGAGCUCCAGUCCACAUUGCAGGGCACUCUGCUUGAGAGCGACGAGAGGCGCAGGAACAGAGAAUGGCGCGAGGGCAAGCCCGUGCCGUUCAAGGGCAACGUCAUUCUCGAUACGCCAGUCAUGGACCAGGAAAUGGAGAAGAAGAUUGAAGCUACUCUUGCCAAAACCGAACAGCCCACCGCCGCUCGCAGUCGCAAAGCAAGUCACUAUCUCCGUGUUUUCAAGGAUGGAGACCCCUCCGAGGAGCCCAAAAAGAAAGAAAAGGCCAAAGAGCGCUUGCCGAAUGAGAGGACCCUGUCGACCCUGUCAGAGGAAGGAUCAGCAAGGCUCAAUGGGACUGAAACAAGCAACCUCACUGAGCAACUACGGCGUGCUUCGCUUGCCUCGUCAGCAGUCCAGUCUCCCGCAGGCGGUCCGAACGAAUCAUAUUUCGAACCAAAGCCAGGUCCACGCACAGACACAGGUAUUGCAACAACACCUCCUUCUCAAACGAAUGCCCAAGGCGACUUCAACAACCAGCAGCUUCCAAGGCGUCUUCUCGAAGAUAUCCGGGGGUUUGGUCACCUCACUCCUAGCAUCGAAAGACGAUCGCCUGUGUCGCGCAGUUUACCGACUGCAGCUAUUGAGAAGGUUCACGCUCACGCACCCACCAACGGAACUCCAUACCACCAUGAGUCUUCGGACUAUUUUCAGCCCAAGGACGGAAGCAGCAGGGAGCGCACGCCGGGUUCGGAGGAGGAGGAAGAAUCGGAAAAGGAGCAAAUAUCCUCGGCGCUCUACUUCCCCCAUCGUCGUGUAAAGCCAAGCGAGCAGGCCGCCAAAGAAGCAAAUAAUCAAGAUGGAGAGGUAAAUACUGUCGAGAAGAGGGCUUCAAUUCACGAGAGUGCAGUGCCCAAAGGGUGGGCCACUGAGAAGGAGGUGCAAACCCCACAAGAGGUAGAAAUUUCUCUACAAUCCACAGAUACAAAUCAAUGCCUACAUGGUGACAUCCCCACGGCAGCUCCUGUAAAGAAAGACAAAGAUCAGCCGUUGACGCCCUCGGCUGUUGAUUCGCUUUCAGGUGAAUCAGAGCCUGAGUCGCUCGCUGAGUCGGCUCAAUCACUUCUUGGCUAUGAAUCCAGUGCGACUGAUGAUCUAGGCACGACGCCCACUGCAGCAACCUACAAAAAAGAACCCAAGGCUGUUUCGGCUGCACCGUCUCAGCCGCCAGCCCCACUGGGUGCUGUCGAAUUGAAACCGUACGAUCAUCAAGUAGGCGGCCACUCGACUGUUUAUCGCUUUUCAAGACGCGCAGUCUGCAAGCAGCUAAACAAUCGAGAAAACGAGUUUUACGAAACAGUCGAGAGGCAGCAUCCGGAACUGCUAGAUUUCUUGCCGAGGUACAUCGGUGUCCUGAACGUGACUUACCGUAAAGCACCCAAGAAAAAGAAACAGCAUAAGGACAAGACCAAACAAGAUGCUGGCAUUAAUACAUCGACGACCCAGUCAGAAAAUGCUUCGAGGCAGGCCUCUACAGCCCCUAUUGAUCCAAACAAGCCGGAAUCAACUCGAGUCGUUAGUCAUUCGCAGCAAAUUAUGCCUACCCCUCAGGUCAUUUUUGAGAACAAUCGUCACAUCAUCCCGGAUAAUUUGUUUCGAGUACCGCCACGCUCUACAACGCCUGAUCCGUGGAUGAAAAGCUCUUCAUAUUCUUCUUCACAGCAGCAUCGGCGAUAUCAGAGCGACUACGGGUACCCUCCGAGAAGCUCCUCACGACCACCAUUGCAGCAUACCACCAGCUGGGGCGUCACAACAAUCAACCGAAAGCUGCAAGAGGAAGUUCUGCGACAGGUUUUUGCUCCACCAACCAUACAUCAUCGGCAACGCCACCAUCGUCACCAUGUCAUGGCUUCACGCGCCGUCGGAGAUUCCCCGCAGUCCACGGUAGGCUCUGCACCUACGAUAAGGAGAAACAGCACAGAUGUGGCCAUGUUGCAUUCGCAGCCUCCAGAAGAAUGUACCAGGAAACAGGUCUUGAAGGCAGAAGCGCGACGUCAUGCUUCGGGCGGAAGCGCUGAUUUCCCCAGCCACAGCUCAAUGCUAGGCUCUGGAAUCAAUGAUGAAGCAUCAAUACAGCCACCUGGCAUCCUCCCUCGACGCCGCCACUCUGGUAGCGGCUUGACCAGGAGACCCCUUGGAAUUGAUACUGAACAGCGUCAUGGUCUUGAGUACUAUGAAGAGGACGGUUACGGUGGCGAUGCAGAAGAAGAGGUUUUCAAAAUGGACGAAGACUCAAAAACCAGCAAUCAAGAAGACAGAGGCCGGUCGUUACACAACAACAGAGCUCCCAAACCACAACAUUCCGAAGCGCCGCCAGAAGGUACCAUGUUACCAGCAGCCCCCGUUGUGUCAAGUAACAUUGCUGCUCCACCUAGCGAAGAGCCAAGCAAUCCCGAUAGUGCCCUACAGCAAUCUGAUGAGCGUGUGCAGCAUUUCCUCCUCCUUGAAGAUCUCACAGCAGGCAUGUCAAGGCCCUGUGUUUUAGAUCUAAAAAUGGGGACGCGCCAGUAUGGCAUCGAAGCAGACGAGAAGAAGCAACGCUCUCAACGGCGCAAGUGCCAAAUGACGACCAGCCGAGAACUUGGCGUGCGAGUCUGUGGCAUGCAGAUCUGGAAUGUGAAGACGCAGAGCUACAUCUUCGAAGAUAAGUAUUUUGGCCGCGAUCUCAAGGCUGGGAAAGAGUUCCAGGACGCACUGAAGCGUUUCUUCUGGGACGGGACCGGGUACAAGGCGGCAACUAGACACAUCCCCGUCAUCUUGGAGAAGAUUAGCCAGUUGGAACGCAUGAUCAAAAACCUGCCCGGGUAUCGGUUCUACGCAAGCAGUUUGCUGAUGCUCUAUGAUCGUGGGGAUGGCGAUUCAAAAGAAAAAGAUGGUUCAACCCCACAAUCCAAUGGCAACUCUGUAACGAAAAACGAGGAAGCUGCUACUGGAUCUUCCGGGCCAGGGAAUGCGUCUCCUCCGAAAGCGGAAAAGCAUUCAGAGAUCAAGCUCAAGAUUGUCGAUUUUGCCAAUUGCGUGACCGCUGAAGAUCCCUUGCCUGACGACCUUCCCUGCCCUCCAGAAAACCCCAAUGGCAUCGAUAGGGGCUAUCUCCGUGGACUCCGAUCGUUGCGAUUGUACUUUCAGCGCAUCUGGAACGACAUCAACGAAGAGUGGGUUGAGCGAGGUGAAGGCGAAGGCAUGGCGCGCAACCAUCACCACGGACCUGGUCUGGGCGAAGUUGGCGCAGGCUGGAUGGAUGACACGGGAGGCGAGGAUACUGGCUAUGUCAGUUUCUAAACAUGGUCACGAAAGUGACAUGUCGACAAAGGAAAUUAGAGAUGGAAACCCGGAUCUCAUUCUAUUUUACCUACGCUUCAGUUCUCGAUUCUCGAUUCUAUGUGUUUUGAGCAUGGUGUAUGGCGCAACAAGGAAAGACAAAGCUAAUGAAAUUGAACGCUCUGCGACCGGCGUAGCAUUUGCAUGGGCUAGGAAACUUUUUUGUCUGUUGGUUUCGGAUAUGGGAUCUGGUUGUGCGUUUCAAUUUUUAUCCUUCAUCUUGUAAUACUAUGGUUAGAAAAGUAGAGCUUCUCAGUGCUAGCUUACGAAGUCAAUAUCUAGGCUUCGUGUAGUGUUUUACUUGCGACGAAUUUCCUGGCCAAUCAUCUCAUAUCUUCAACGCAUGAUAAGGAAAGCCUGGAUGUGGUUCACUUAUCACGGACUAGAUGACCUGCUAUCUAGAUAUGCAAAAGACAAGCAUCC